ACGUCUCAAUCAGCCAACAAUGACCUGGCCACGUCUCAACUAGCCAACAAUGACCUGGCUACGUCUCAACCAGCCAACAAUGACCUGGCCACGUCUCAACCAGCCAACAAUGACCUGGGGCCUCAUGUACAAAGCUUGCUUACGCACAAAAAAGCUGCGUAAGCAACUUCUCACGCAAACGUUCGGAUGUACGAAGACUGACUUGACGUGAGAAAGUGCGGUUCUCCACGCAAACUAAAUGCCUGGCUUACGCACAUUUCUGCUGCAUUGUCAGUUGGCGGCACAUAGAGGCAAAUCAGCGCAACAACAUGAGGCCUACGCGAUCACGAGUCAAGAAGUAAUAUUGCAAUAUGAGGCGAGUUCAAAGUGGAUUUGAACAUCGGGAUGCGUGAUCUUAAAUGCACUUCAAUAAUGCGUUAUUGUUGUCGAGACGCAUAAUGUGACACUGUUGUUAGGCUAAACUUAAACAGACCCAUAAAACUAAAUUGUCAAUAUUGGAAUGAAAAGGAAAUUAAAAGGAACCCCCAGCAAUAUUAUUUUCAGUGAUGGCUUGUUUAUUAAACGUUACAUAUUUUCCGGACCACGCAUGACAUAUGAUCUCUCUUCACACAUUUGUUGUGAAAUUCUUGACUGCAAUAUUAUUAUAUGAUGCUGAGUGGAUUAAGCGCAAGAUUGUUACUUAAAAUCAAUCCAUCAAUAAACCAGUCGGCCAAUUUCGAAUUAUGUGUAUAUUAUUGACACCUUGGGUGUAUGGGAACAACCUAUCGUCAACAUGCAUCAAAUUAAAUGAGAAUAUAAAAGCAGGUGCAAAAUGUGGCAAUAAUCGAUAGGUUGACAAUGGCAGUGUUGGCCUUAUUAGAAGAUAUUGCGAAUGGUCACAUUCGAAAUGAACGAGUGUUCCGUGAUUAUUACGAUUUUUUGGCUCAUGAUGAUGACUGGCUUAUCAGCCGAUUCAGAUUUCCAAGAGCUAUCCUCUUGGAACUAUGUACUGAGUUGAGCCCGGGUUUGGAGAGGCAGACGGCGAGGAGUCACGCAUUGCCAGUUCCAAUACAAGUCCUGACUACGCUUGGUUUUCUAGCAACAGGAUCAUUCCAGAGGGAAUUGGCUGACCGGUCAGGAAUGAGUCAGGGAGCUCUGAGCCGCGCCAUUCCGCCUGUUUUAAACGGGAUCAUCCGCAUCUCAGCCAGGUAUAUACGGUUUCCAUAUGAUGCAGUAAACCAAGCAAACAUCAAAGCGCAAUUUGCAGCGAUAGCCGGUUUUCCCAAUGUAAUCGGAGCGAUCGACUGCACACACAUUGCAAUAAAGGCGCCAUCUGAAGGGGAAUAUGAGUACGUUAAUAGGAAACACUUCCAUUCCUUAAACGUGCAAAUAAUCUGUGAUGCCCAAAUGCGCCUUACGAAUAUCGUGGCAAGGUGGCCUGGGUCAACCCAUGAUUCAUUCGUCCUGAGAAACAGCUCGGUUGGGAAUAGGUUGGAGGCUGGAAGAGUGUGUGAUGGGUGGCUAAUUGGAGACAGCGGUUACGCCUUACGGCCAUGGCUGUUAACCCCCCUCGCCAACCCACAGACUGUCCGAGAGCAGAGAUAUAAUGAUAUCCAUGCACGCACUCGGACAGUCGUGGAAAGAGCGAUAGGGCAGCUGAAGAGCCGGUGGCGCUGCCUUGACCGGAGCGGGGGAAUGCUGCUCUAUCACCCUGAAAAGGUGUGCCGCAUUGUGCAGGCAUGUGGGGUUCUGCACAAUGUUGCGCACAGGCACAGCGUGCCAUUACGCGAGGUAAUGGACCUCCCAGAAGACCCAGACCCCGGACCAAACAAUGCGCAGCCCAAUGUAGAGGCCAUUCGAAUCCGGCAGCAGUUAAUAGGCAGAAUAUAAAAAAGCACAGCGCGAGUUAAAACCCGGCCUUUCCCACUGGCAGCAGAAGGGGGGCAAUGGGCAGUGGAGACGGAGACGCCGGACACGCCUGGCUGGGGGUCUUCCUCUGGCACCAUCAGCUGUGCGCCACUUGGUCCUUG